CCCCCCCCCCCCCCCUCUCCUCCCUCGGACAAACCUUCCCGUUUCGAUAAUUUUGUAGCAACUGUGAUCGGAUCGAUUUGGUUUUUCACUCUCAGUUUCGUUCGAUCCAGACCAGGAGGAUUUUCUCGCUGAUCAAACAGAUCUUUAGCUGUUGAGAUGGCAUCAACAGCUGGAGCCACAGGAUGGUUGAGAGGAAAAGUGAAAGCUGUUCCUUCUGGGGAUAGUUUGGUGAUAAUGGGGAGCACCAAGGCAGAAAUCCCCCCUGAGAAGACAAUCACUUUGUCAUCCCUCAUUGCUCCAAGAUUGGCCCGUAGAGGUGGUGUUGAUGAGCCAUUUGCAUGGGAAAGCAGAGAGUAUUUAAGGAAACUGUGUAUGGGAAAGGAUGUCACAUUCAAAGUGGAUUAUACUGUACCAUCUAUUGGGCGAGAAUUUGGCUCUGUUUUCCUUGGUGAUAAGAAUGUCGCAUUGAUGGUUGUUUCUAAUGGCUGGGUAAAGGUUAGGGAGCAGGGUCAACAGAAAGGAGAUGCUAGUCCUUUCUUAGCAGAACUGCUACGUCUUGAAGAGCAAGCCAAGCAACAAGGGCUAGGACGUUGGACCAGGACACCAGGUGCUUCUGAGGCAUCCAUCAGGAACUUACCUCCAUCCGCCAUGGGUGAUCCUGGCAACUUGGAUGCAAUGGGCCUCCUAGCUUCAAACAAGGGAAAGCCCAUGCAAGCUAUUGUGGAGCAGGUUCGUGAUGGAAGCACUCUUCGUGUUUACUUACUUCCAGAAUUUCAGUUUGUCCAAGUGUUCGUUGCUGGAAUCCAGGCACCAUCAAUGGGAAGAAGGGCUGCAUCCGAAACAGUGGUUGGAACUGAAGUGAACUCUGAUGAAUCAAAUGUGGGAGCUUCUGGCGAACCUCAUGUCUUCUUAACAUCAGCACAAAGACUUGCAGCAUCAUCAGCAUCCUCCAAUGAAGUUGCCCCAGAUCCAUUUGCAAGGGAAGCCAAGCAUUUUACAGAGAUUCGUGUGUUACAUAGAGAUGUCCGCAUUGUCCUUGAGGGCGUUGACAAAUUCAGCAAUUUGAUUGGUUCAGUAUAUUAUCCCGAUGGUGAAUCAGCAAAGGACCUAGCAUUGGAGCUCGUUGAAAAUGGUUUAGCUAAAUAUGUUGAGUGGAGUGCAACCUUGAUGGAGGAGGAUGCGAAGCGGAAGCUGAAGUCUGCAGAACUUCAAGCAAAGAAGACCCGGUUGAGGAUUUGGACAAACUAUAUCCCUCCUGCUACAAAUUCCAAGGCAAUUCAUGACCAGAAUUUCACAGGAAAGGUCGUUGAAGUUGUAAGCGGGGAUUGUGUCAUUGUAGCUGAUGAUUCUGUCCCAUAUGGCAGUCCAUUGGCUGAGCGACGAGUCAAUCUCUCCAGUAUCAGGUGCCCAAAAAUGGGAAACCCUCGUAGAGAUGAAAAACCUGCUCCCUAUGCCCGUGAAGCAAAGGAAUUUCUUCGACAACGUCUCAUUGGCCGUCAGGUGAAUGUUUCGAUGGAAUAUUCCAGGAAAGUCAGCAUGGCAGAUGGACUCAGUGCUGCAGUUGGUACAGAUUCAAGGGUGAUGGAUUUUGGAUCAGUCUUCCUUGUAUCUCCAGUUAAGGUUGAAGGUGACGAUGCCUCUACACCUGCUCCACCUACUGGGGGCAGCCAGCAGGCAGGUGUAAAUGUUGCUGAGCUGGUUGUUGCCCGAGGCUUUGGGACUGUUAUUAGGCAUCGAGAUUUUGAGGAAAGAUCAAACUAUUAUGAUGUCCUUCUCUCUGCUGAAUCUCGAGCCAUUGCUGGGAAGAAGGGGAUUCAUUCUUCCAAGGAUUCUCCAGUAAUGCACGUAGCAGACCUGAUGACGGCUUCAGCAAAGAAAACAAAAGAUUUCUUGCCAUUUCUGCAACGGAAAAGGUUGCCAGCUGUUGUGGAAUAUGUUCUCAGUGGUCAUCGGUUUAAACUUCUAAUUCCCAAGGAGACGUGCAGCAUUGCUUUCUCCUUCUCUGGUGUCAGGUGCCCUGGUCGUGAUGAGCCUUUUUCUGAUGAAGCAAUUGCACUUAUGAGACGAAUGAUAAUGCAGAGGGAUGUUGAGAUUGAAGUGGAAAAUGUUGAUAGAACUGGAACUUUCUUGGGAUCUUUGUGGGAGUCAAAGACUAAUAUGGCUGUGACACUUCUGGAAGCUGGCCUGGCAAAGCUUCAAACUUCCUUUGGCACUGAUAGGAUCCCGGAUGCUCACCUUCUUGCACAGGCUGAGCAGUCUGCCAAAAGGCAGAAGUUAAAAAUAUGGGAGAACUUUAUUGAAGGCAAGGAAGUUUCCAAUGGUUCCACUACUGAGAGAAAGCAGAAAGAAGAGCUGAAGGUAACUGUUACCGAAGUCUUGGGUGGCGGCAAAUUUUAUGUCCAGGUUGUAGGAGAUCAGAAAGUAACCUCUAUUCAGCAGCAGUUAGCAUCUCUAAGUGUUCAAGAUGCUCCCGUUAUCGGCGCCUUUAAUCCUAAGAAGGGUGACAUUGUUCUUGCUCAGUUUAGUGCAGAUAAUUCAUGGAAUCGGGCAAUGAUUGUAAAUGCACCUCGAGGAGCUGUUGAAUCACCAAAGGACAAGUUUGAAGUGUUUUACAUUGAUUAUGGAAAUCAAGAGGUUGUUCCUUACAGUCAGCUACGACCAGUUGAUCCUUCAGUAUCCUCUGCCCCUGGCCUUGCUCUGUUAUGCAGCCUUGCAUACAUAAAGGUUCCUAGCUUGGAGGAAGAUUAUGGGCAAGAAGCAGCUAUGUGUCUGAGUGAGCACACACUAAAUGGCCCGAAAGAAUUCAAAGCCAUAAUUGAGGAAAGGGAUACUUCUGGAGGAAAAGUGAAAGGGCAGGGAACUGGGACGAUCCAUAUGGUCACUUUGAUUGAUACAACAGCCGGUUUCAGUAUAAAUGCUGCCAUGCUUAAGGACGGACUUGCUAGGAUGGAGAAAAGGAGGAGGUGGGAACCCAAGGAAAAACAAGCAGCCAUGGAUGAGUUGGAAAAAUUCCAGGCAGAAGCACGAAAUCAGAGGCUAGCGAUGUGGGAAUAUGGAGACAUCCAGUCAGACGAGGAGGACUCAGCUCCACCUCUUAGAAAGGCCGGUGGUGGGAAGCGAUAAACACAAACUUUAGCAACCUCAGUUACAGUAGUUUCGGAAGAUCAAGUCUGGUAGCCUGAGAAGAGUUAAACUAGGGGCCUGAUAAUAUGCUGCUAGAGAAACACAAUGAGAAAACAUGCAGCUUAAUUUUGUAAUGCUUUGUACUUCUUUUUUUCCUUCAUUUUUUUCUUUCUUUUUUUUUUUUUUUGGGUUGUGUGGUUAAAUUGAGAAAAUUUUCUUUCGGACAAUAUUUCUUUUAUACAACUUUUAAUAAGGCAAACGCCAACAUGUCUGCCAGUCUCCUUGUGGGGAUAACAGAUACAAUUUUCUUUCAUUUUUUCUUCUUCCCAGUUUAGCAAACUUAUAAGGUCUUUUUGUUCAUUUAGUCUGGGGGUUCAUUUUAGUCUCAAAUAAUGUUGCAAUUGCUAGUUUUUU